AUGGAAGCAGUCAAACGGUUCUUCUCAUCGCCUCGAUUCGCCGUCGCUGGGGCUAGCAAUGACUCUCACAAGUUUGGUUACAAACUUCUAGCCUGGUACCAUCAACAUUCUUUGCCAGUGACUCCUCUAAAUCCCCGCUCCCCCAGUAUUCAGCUCUCGCCUUCACAUUCUUACGACACCGUCGCAUCGCCUCGCCUGCUGUCUUCCCCGUCGCAGACUUCGCUGUCGGUGGUGACACCGCCUGCAGUAACACUUCCUCUGCUACAGGAAGCUCACUCUGUCGGGAUCCCUGCCGUCUGGUUACAACCGGGGACAUUUGACGACGCAAUACUCGACUUUGCGCGGUCGCAUUUUGAAGCGGUGGUAGCCGGUGAUGGAGGUCGCGGAUCGGAGGGUUGGUCUUCAUCCUUUCUCUUCGACUCGCCCAUCCCUCCGCACCUUGAUCUCGUCGGCGCUCCGUCUCCUCUCUUCCAAGUCCCCCCAACGCCGUCAGCAUCUUCCGCUUUAUAUCGCUCCAUCUCCAUAUCCCAGCGUAAGCGGUCCCGUCAGGCUCAGGAGAAUAGCCGGGUGGAUGUAUUUCAGACGCCUCAUCGGCCUCCACCGCCAGUGAAUAGUUAUUUCGAGGACCCCGAAGAGGCUUAUGAUCACGAGGACCAUGAUAUUCAUCGUCCCAGUCGCUAUCGUGAAUACCCUCGAACGCCUCUCGACGCAAGUAUGACGGAUUCUGUUGAUGAUUUCCGUCGCAAACGAUGCCGUCGUGAAGACCCCUCCUUGGUCAUCGCUGCCUCGCCCUCCGGUAUAGACGAGAAAGCCGCGGCGCCCGAGCACAUGGCGACCGAAGCUAGGCCGUUCCGAUGGAGCCAAGCCGUCCUCAAUAUGGUAGGUAAGGUCUGGGAUUUUUGCUGGUCUGGGCCUUUUCGCGGAUUCUAUGCUGGUGGUGGCCGAGGCUACUCGCUCGACCCUCCACAACGUACACCCGAAGAAGUUUACCCACACCGUCGCUCAUCCACACCUCACCCUGUCACUAUUCCUCCCCGAUCUUCAUCAUUGUCGCCUCCACCUGCCGAAAAAAGAGCUGUCUCCGUUCCCGGUGAAUAUCCGCUUGAUGCUGGAGAGGAAGCCCUCCGUGGGAGCUGGGUCAUGAUUUCCCCAAACGAAGGCGCCUCAAGCUUUAAGACGCCUUCUGCUCGCUCCCAUGCACGUAAAAGCCACGCACCUCGCCGUGUGGUUCAUCGCCGCAGUCCAUCUAGACGGACGCUCAUCCCACAUCCUCCCUUUUCCGCGCCUGCAAAACCGCGCGAAAGUCCAGUCUCUGUAGAGACUCAGCGCUACCUUGCUAAACAACGGCGGUUAGAGCGCGAAGAGGACGCAAGCUUGCAACGCUUGAAUCGUCAGUUACAAGCUAUGAUAAAGGAAGGUAGACAGGCGCUAGGAACGCGCGUGGAAGUCGAAGAUGACUUGGACAUGGACCUUGAAGAUUGA